GAUCAAAUAUUAUAUCUCGAUGUAUCUAAACCAUUUAAUACAGUCAAUCCACCAUUUGAAGAAAUAAUAAAUGUACCAAUUCCAUUUGGAAGUUCAUUUGCAACAGCAUUUCUUAGCCCUCAAAAAAAUGUAAUUUAUUUAUUUGGAGGAACUAUAAACAAGUUUUACAUUCAUAUAAUUUAGAAACUCGUGAAUGGACUAUACCAACAACAAAUGACGAAGUAGCAAGAAAAGAACGAAUUAAUGGUGUCAUUAAUAAAGAAACUGGAAAAUUUUAUGUUUUUAGUGGAUUGGAACGAACACCUGAUCAAAUUUUAUUUUAUACUAGUAUUAUGAUUGUUUUUGAUACUAUUUCUUUAACAUGGUCAACAGGUUCUACAAUAAAUGCCCCAUCUCCCCGUUUAAGUUAUACUGCUACCUUGUUAUCUAAUGGAAUUAUUGUUUUUAUUGGUGGAAUUGAAACUAAUGAUGUUGACAUAAAUCAGCUUGCCCUUUAUGAUACGAAAGUUAACAAGUGGUCAUUAAUGACUGCACGAGGUGUUACUUUGGAAAAUCGUAAUUCACAUUCCGCAGUUCUAACACCAGAUGAAAGAAUAAUUAUUUUUGGUGGGCUCUAAUGAACCAGUUCUAAAUCAACUUGCUGUAUUAAAUACAAAGACGACACCAUAUGAAUAGUCAAUUCCACAAGUUUCUGCCAUAGGUAAUAAGCCUUUAACAACUUCUGCACAUUCGGCUACAUUAGUUGAUAAUUAUAUGUUUAUAAAUUUUGGUACCAUAACAAAUUAUUCUGAAACACAGUUACUACCGUUUUUUUAUAUUCUUGACAUAA